CACACAACCGAAUUAGAGAGCGAGCCUUCAAAUAAAGAUUAGGGCUUUAAUUGAUCUUUUCGCCAUUUGAAUGUGUCCUUUUGUUGAUUCUUAAAGAUACGUAGUUAGAUUUAGAAUUUAGAUGUAAUCUGAUCCCUUGCUUCAUUCUUUUAUGUAAAAAAACCCUAGUUUCGUUGUCUCUCUCUACCAUUAGGGCGCUUUGGUUCGAUUGAGGAUCCCCUGUGUGUGUUUUACCAAAAUCGCACUGCACGAAAGGUGAAAGAAUGGCAAAGAGAGCGUCUUUUGGGAGUGUGAUGAAGAAGAGGCUCUCUGACAUAACCAACUUGCAGUCACAACCCAAGUUGGUAACGCUUGAGAAAAAGCAACCGCAGAUUCUGUCGAGUGCAGAAGACUACAUCAACCAACUUCUUAAGGAAAAUAUGGCAUUGAUGAAGCUUAUUGAGGAGAGGAACAAAAUAAUAGAAUUGAGUGGAACCGAGUUGCAGAACCUGCGGAUUAGUUUUCAGAAAUUGCAGUUGCAGAACUGGAAUCUUGCUCAAUCAAACAGCCACAUGUUAGCAGAGCUUAAUUUAGGACGAGACAGGGUGAAGGCAUUGCAACACGAACUUGUGUGCAAGGAUGCUUUACUCAAGUCCAAAAACUUGGAAAUAGAGGAACAAGAGCGAGGGAGGGAGGAGCACCUACAUAAAGCUAAUGAUGAGGUUAAACUGUGUAAUCGCAGCAGUGGACGCAAUGGAAGAAGACAUUCUAUGGGCUCUUCUGCAAAACAAGGAAAAGAGAAUGUCCCAAACAAAAGGCAUUGUUUGAGAAGGCAAUCUGCCAGGUUUAAAUCCCAAGAGCGGGAACCCUCGGAGAACUUGUUUGAGAUUGAAGAUGUUAAUUUUUUAGUCCCUCAGUCAGUUGAUGACCCAAAGCAUGAAGAUUGUUCAACUCCAAUGGUUUCAUCUGCUAAAAAAGAAGAAGCUAGUGAUUCUGGAACUGAAAUGCAUGUACCGCGGAGAUCUUCAACCGGAAGACCAAUGCGUACAGCCGUAGGAAAGGUGCAAUCCUACAAAGAAGUUCCCAGAAACAUAAAAUUGAGGAGAAAAGAGUGAUCAAAAAAUUUUAUGCGAACUAAAAAAGAAGAGUUUGUAGAACCAAGCAGUAUAUGUUUCUGUGUUAUUCUGUAUCAUUGUAAAAAUAUUGAUUGUGUUGAUUUUAUGUAAGGAUCUUUGCUUUUAUUUAAGAAAAAUGGGUUCUAUGUC